UUUGGACGCCGGUCCAGAGUUGAGUCCAAGGAGUCCAUGGACGCGAGCGUGGAGGAGACCGAGCUCGACGUCGGCUCGGCGAGCGACGAGUUGGAGUCGUCGGCCGCGGAGCCGAGGCUCGCGCGACGCCCGACGCCGCGACCCUUUACGAUCGAGAGCCUGAUCGGGGGUGUACGCGAGGACCACGAUACCGGCACCGGCGGCGGAAACAUCGCGAGGGAUGAUCGCACGAACGGCAGCGAGGAGGAAGAGCACCGGGACCGCGAGUAUCAGCUCUAUCAGAGGCAUUACCUGGCGACCGCUGCGGCGAGUAUGCCUUCAAGUUUCGGUGUGCCGCUCGGUUUGUACAGCGCUUGGCUACCGAUGCGGAUGUACGGCGGCGGUGCGUCCGGCGUCCCGAUGCUGCCGCCGCAGCAUCCAUCCGCCGGCUAUCCGGCUCAUCCGGAGCUGCAUCAGAGCCGACUGCCACAGCCUACAGCACCGUCGUCUGGUCAUCCUCAGGGUUACUAUUCGCUCGACGGUUGUCGUCGCGCCGCGAGUCAACGCGCGCCGAGCAGCUUCACCGACAGCGAGGACGAGGAUGGCAGCGUCGGCUCGCCGGUGUCACCUGCUCACGACCUCUCCAAGUCGCGACACGGAUCUGAGAACGGUCGUGCAUCAGCCGAGAGUGACGAUGAGGGUGGCGGGGCCGCGGGUUCCGGCGAGGGUCACGACGUCUCCGACGGCGUCAGUGGCGUCGGUAGCGUCGCCACGAGUCAUAGUGGUCCUCUAGAGAACGGGCAGAAUUCGUCAGCUUCGAAUGCCGGUGGCAACAAGGCCCGCCGACGACGCACCGCGUUCACGUCGGAACAGCUGCUGGAGUUGGAGCGCGAGUUCCAUGCGAAGAAGUACCUGAGCCUGACAGAACGUUCGCACAUAGCGCACGCAUUGAAACUGUCGGAAGUGCAGGUGAAGAUCUGGUUCCAGAACCGGCGUGCCAAAUGGAAGCGGGUGAAGGCCGGACUGAGCGGCGGCGGUGUCGGCGUCGGUUCGGCGGCGGCGGCGGCCAUGACGUCCUCCGGUGCUUCUCGUCACAAUGGUGCCUCGAGUCAGCACACCGGCUCCGGCACCAGGAUCGUCGUGCCGAUACCGGUGCACGUGAGCCGUUUGGCGGUCAGAUCGCACCAUCAUCACCUGGAGAAGUGCGCGAGGGCGCCGCGUGCGAGACCGACGCCACCCUCGGGAGAGGGUGGGUCCUCGGGUGCAUCUUCGAUGUUGAGCGAUGCCCUGGGACUGGUGAAUUCGUCAGUGAGCCUGACCGGCCAGGUGCAGCCACCUCUCGGCGCCGGUAUGGGGGUGGAGAUCGGGGUCGGGGGUGGUUUGAGGGCUUUUGCGGUACCGGCGCAUCGGGCUGGUCUCGGGUCCUCCGGGAGGUAGUGAAUGUAGUGAAUAAUGGACCUGGAUGUGACUGAUACGAUGAGACGUGAACGGAAACGAUAAGGGUAGAUCGAUAAUCGGUGUAGGACGCGUGGCAAAAUGGAGGCAGAUCGAUCGCUGAGACUACGUGAAAUGUAGAAGAAGAAUUUUUAUAUCCAUGUUGACUAUAUGAUAAUAGUUGAAUAUCUAAAAUCAGUGACAGAUUGAGAGCAUUCUGGCAAUAUAAAGCUUCUUCAGACAAAUAGAUCAGAUAAUUCUAUUUUUUCCUCUGUUUCAUGUAAUUUUUGAUAAAACAUUUUGAAGCAUGCUCUUUGAAUUGACAUUAAUGAUGCAAACGAAUACAGUUUGCCAAUAACAGCACGAAAGUUUUCUUCUGAUAUUUGACUGCAUUUAAGAUAUCUCUUUAAGUAGUUUUAGCAAGCUACUGUUGUUUUUCUCGAUCUUCUAUUUCUAUUACAGUGAGAUUUAGCUUUUCUAAGCUUGAAAGCCACUUGAACAAUGUAUCUCGAGCGCUCGAUCCUUCUCCGAAAUGGAAGAGUUUUGUAAUGCACACUGUAAAUAGCGAGUCCUAGAAAUUUGUAAAUACACACGUACACUACGUAGACAGUAACUCCGCAUAAGCAUCGUAGCUCGUACUUGUAGAUAGUUUGCGUUAAGCAAUGAGUUUCAGUCCGGGAGGCAACUAUUACGUGGCGGCAAUAUCGUGUAUCGAUCUGCCGUGCGAUCAUCGCAGCUGCAUUACACCGGCGAAACGCUACAACGAGGCGGAAGCGCACAAAAUGUCGGUCUAUAGACUUGCAUACGUUGUAAUAUCGUGUCGGCAAUAAAAUGUGCGACUGUAAUCCGAAAUGUCGUUUGCGCCUCCUACAUCCUUAUGUUUACCCGGCACAACCGGAACUGCGAUCUAGGAGGAUAAGUAGAAAAGUGGUGGCUCUUGAGUAGGCAGCUAUUCCCUUCCUGGGUCACCAGCUUUCACCUGAAACGAUUUAUAGGAUAGAGAUUUCUACUGCAUCACUGCGACAAGAUCGGAAACUAAUAUUUUGAAGCUACAUUUCACAGUCAAACUUUAAGGCUAAUCAGACUAAAUUAAUUUCAAUAUUUAUUAAUUAACUUUAAUACUUGUUUAAGUGCACAAACGUUCUCUGCUUGAGUUUGUCUCGUCAACUUUCAAGUUUGACGCGAAAAAUUGAUUGACGGAGAUUGCUAAUCGAGGGUUCCCGCGUUUGCCUUGUUUUGACAAUUUCGUCGCGGUCCUCAAGGGGCCAGCCACCCCGAGCCGACUCACCGUCAUCGGAUACUCCCACGGGAUCACCUCGUCCCGAAAUGGCGAAUUGCACAUUUUAGCAGGCUGCGGCGCGUGCGGGCCCCGGUGCUUCUGUAAGGGAUCCGUUCAAAAUCAGGGCCCCUUCGUUCACUUCGUAGGCGUGACCCCAUAUGCCGGGGUUUGGUCGGGCCGCUGCGACUUCAGGACAACGCAAAGCGCGUCAAUGUGUCAGCCGGCUAAUUCGAUUUAGCCUCCUUUGACGCGGAACAGCCGUGACUUUUGAAGCGGAAGUGCGACGGAAAUACACAAACGCCGAGUUUUCUCGGCAUGAUAAUUGACGACAGGUGAUUUCCUUUUUAUUAGGUAAGCAACGAAAAUGUGCGUACACUGAUAAAAUUAUUCAAUUUAAUAAUUGUGUUUGAUACUUUUCGAAAUGCAAUCUUAUUACUUUGUGGAUAUG